CGCGGCCUGUAGCGCAGUGCUGUAGUAACGACUCGAGUGUUUUGUAAGUGAGUCUGAAUGACAGCAGGCUGCGAGUGACAUCCCGAGCAAGAAGACUGUUAACUUAUCUUUUUCACCAUGAGCAAGGACGAGCUUAUUCUACCCAAAGACUUCCCGCAGCUGAAGAACGACACGUUCCUGCGGGCAGCACGGGGAGAACAGACCCAGCAUGUCCCUGUGUGGUGCAUGAGACAGGCUGGCCGCUACCUUCCAGAGUUCCGGGAGUUCCGGGCAGGGAAGGACUUCUUCGAUACGUGCCGCUCACCAGAGGCCUGCUGUGAACUCACUCUUCAGCCUCUCAGACGUUUUGACUUUGAUGCGUCCAUCAUCUUCUCAGACAUCCUGGUUGUACCGCAGGCCAUGGGGAUGGAGGUGCAGAUGGUGCCCGGGAAGGGCCCCACCUUCCCGGAUCCCCUGAAAGACCCAGAGGACCUCCAGCGGCUGAAGACCAAGGUGGACGUCCAGAAGGAGCUGGACUACGUCUUCAAGGCCAUCACCCUGACCCGACACAAGAUCGAGGGGAAGGUGCCGCUCAUCGGAUUCACUGGAGCACCGUGGACCCUGAUGUCCUACAUGAUCGAAGGCUCGGGCUCAAAGACCUUCUCCAAGGUCAAAAGCUGGCUCUACCGCUACCCAGAGGUCAGCCACAUGCUGCUCAAGAGGCUCACCGACGUCAUCGUGGACUACCUGCUGGGCCAGGUGGCCGCGGGCGCACAGGCCGUGCAGGUGUUUGAGAGCCACGCUGGGAUCCUGGGGCCCGUGGAGUUCAAGGCUUUCUGCCUGCCCUACCUGAGGGACAUCGCCCGCAGGGUGAAGGACCAGCUGAAGGAGACGGGGCAGGACGUACCCAUGAUUGUGUUUGCUAAAGAUGCUCACUACGGCCUGGAGGACUUGUCCCAGUCCUACUAUGACGUCGUUAGUCUGGACUGGACCAUUGACCCGCGGUUGGCACGCGAGCAGACCGGAGGAAAGGUUAGCCUACAGGGCAACAUGGAUCCCUGUGCGCUCUAUGCUCCCAAGGAGCGUAUCUCUGAGAUCGUCAAGACGAUGCUGGAGGGCUUCGGGACCCAGCGGUACAUCGCCAACCUGGGCCACGGCAUGUACCCGGACAUGGACCCCGAGAGCGUGGCCGCCUUCGUGGAGGCCGUGCACAAGCACUCGCGGCAGAUGAACAAGCAGCAGUGACGGCGUUGGAUGUGAUGAUCACAUGUGGACGUAACGACUGCGGGUCACAUGGAGGAAGCGCGUGUGUCGCUACUGCAAAGGGAGCGGAAGGAUUGCAAGAAGCUGUGAUGUUUAUACCGCAGGGCGUAUAAUGUAUCAGUAAAAAACACAGAAUGCGACUAACAUGUGAUAUACUUGCAAUAGUUUGAGGCUAUGGCUUAGAUCGUUUUUUUUCGUAUUGUCAAGAUAAAAGGUCAAACAGAUCAUGGACACCGGGAUUGUAAUCCAGCCUGUUGUUCCACAGACGGGAAACUCGCACUUUGUGUGACCCAGCUCUAAUAAAAUAAAAUACACUGAUUCAGAACACCUGAGUGCGUCUUUCAUUGGUUCGUCUCGGCCUUUGGUCGGCCACCAAUGUUCUCUUUUCCAAGCAAACAACAAAGACGGCAUUCAGAGACGAGGCCGCGGCUCACAAUGGCCAACAAGCCAGAAGGAACGCAGCCAUGAUGCGGAGCACGUAACCCAUGGAUCACCAACACCGUCGUCUUGUUACAACACACAAGUUCCAGCCCUGUGUUGGAGUAUCACAGGAUUUCUUUGAGGACAAUUUAGUUUACUGAUAAUCAGAAGGGUUUAGUUUGAAGAUUAGUUGAGGGGGGGGCGGUGCGGCCUAUGUGAGCACUAAUUAUUUAACAUCUGGCAGGUUUACUGCUUCUUAAAGACCUCAUUGUUUUUAAGGAGAACAGUUGGACAAUUUUACCAAGAGCUGGGAAAUAAAUUUUGUUUUGAAGUCAUUUUUUUUCUGAUUUGACA